ACCUCCAGCAGUGCCCUAGCCGGAGAUGUCCCUAAGAGCUGACGCAGCCCCAUGUGGAGGGGUGGUGGUGGACUUUGAGUCUGAUGACAUCCGAGAGGCACGCAAAAAGAAGGCCAGGAGUAUACCAGGGUCAGCGCUUAUCUACCUCAGGGGCCCCAAAUUUCUGAUCUAUGUCAGUGGAGCUCUGUCGAUGUGGGGUGAUCGUAUGUGGCACUUUGCUAUUUCUGUCUUCCUUAUUGAACUGUAUGGACGAAACCUGCUACUGACUGCCGUGUUUGGCUUGGUAGUUGCUGGUUCGGUGCUGCUACUAGGAGCUAUGAUUGGGGAUUGGGUCGAUCGCAACCCAAGGAAUAAGGUGGCCCAUGCAUCGCUCUUCAUUCAGAACAUCUCAGUGACUGUGUGCAGCAUUGUGCUCAUGCUGGUGUUCUCGUACAAAAAGUGGAUUGAGCAAAUUUGGGAUGGCUGGCUAACUGUAGUUUGUUAUACGGUGGUGAUCAUCCUGGCAGAUGUGGCUAAUUUAGCAAGCACAGCCCUGACCAUUGCUAUCCAAAGGGACUGGAUUGUGGUCAUCACUGGUUACAACCGUGGACACCUUGCUGGUAUGAAUGCUACCAUGCGACGAAUAGACCAAGUGACCAACAUACUGGCCCCACUUGCUGUGGGGCAAGUCAUGACCCUGGCAUCUAAUGUGGUUGGCUGCGGAUUUAUCUUGGGCUGGAACCUCGUGUCUCUGAUAGUCGAAUUCAUCUUCCUCUCUCGAGUGUACCGCAUCGUCCCAGAACUCUCCGUCAAACCUCCAGCGGUGGAGGAGGAUGACCAGAACUGCUUGGAGGGGAAGGCAGACAGGACAAACUCCACAGAUGGGAGCUCAUUGGGGGAGGCCAAGAACAUGGCAGAGGAGCGCUGCAGCAUCAGCCUCCGCCUGAAGGAGAUCACCAACCUGCCCCUGUGCUUCCGCAAGUUCCAGUGGUUCCUGAGCACCUGCAAAGAGGGCUGGAAAGCCUACUACCGCCAGCCUGUGUUUCUGGCUGGCAUGGGCCUGGCGUUCCUCUACACCACCGUGCUAGGCUUUGACUGCAUCACUACAGGCUACGCCUACACCCAGGGCAUCAGCGGCUCGCUGCUCAGCCUCCUCAUGGGCGUGUCGGCCAUCACGGGUCUGAUGGGCACCAUCAUGUUCACCAAGCUGCGCAAGCUCUACGGCCUUGUCAACACCGGGAUCAUCUCCAGCUGCCUGCACUUGGGCUGCUUGCUUCUCUGCGUGUGCUCAGUGUUCGCCCCCGGCAGCCCCAUGGAUCUCAGCUUGCUGAUGCCUAUCACGGAGUCAGCCAACGGUUCAGAGUCCAGCAACAUGGCAAGGCAGAGACAGAAGCACACCUAUCCACUUCAGGGCGGCAGCAACCAGCCUCUCCUGCCUGACCGCUCCUCCAUUCACUGGACUAACACCACCGUGUUGUUUGAAAACAUGCCGUCAGGAAACACCCCCGAGAGCUAUGUCUCCAUCAUCUUGCUGUUCCUGGGUGUCAUCACGGCACGAAUUGGCCUCUGGUCCUUCGACCUAACCGUGACCCAGCUUCUUCAGGAAAACAUUUGUGAGUCAGAACGUGGCGUGGUCAAUGGCGUCCAGAGCUCAAUGAAUUACCUAAUGGAUCUGCUGCACUUCAUCAUGGUCAUCUCUGCUCCACAACCACAGCACUUCGGCAUCCUUGUCAUUAUCUCUGUUUUAUUCAUUACCACAGGACAUACUAUGUACUUCCUCUAUGCUCGAAAGGCAAAGAGAAAACAGCAUCCGAACACAUAAAAAUACCCCACCGAGCAUGCAUUUUCCGUGUGCUAUAAAAGUCUGUGUGAUGCCCACAACAUGAAUGUCCCACCAUGCGCUCUGCAAUCAGUCUGCAUUUGCAGUGCAACGGUACAGUGUCACGCCCCUUAACACCGCUUCAGGCUGACAUACAAGUCAUCCGACCACUGCAUGUGCCAGUCAUGCUACCCACGAGUCCCACUGCUUUCAUAACAUUCUCACCGGGUGUUAAAAAAGCCCACAACUCAGGAGAAGGGGGAUGCAGAAGGUUUACAUCUCCCCCUGCUGACAGCCGGGGGUCACAACAGGCACAGAGGUGAAAACACACUGCCUCACACAGCCAGAGAAAAGCUCACAGUACCGCUAAUGUGUCCCUGGAGUAUUGCCAUCUCAUUGACACUAAUACGUCCUAACGUAGAGCGUUUCUGAUACCAGAGGGUUACAGAUAGAGUGGAUCCUGCAAUUUUAACCAAAAAGAGUAACCAAGAAACAAUUUGUAGCGAAGUGAUGAUGACAACUUGGCAUGAGUAUGCUUAACCCGUCCAGCUGCAAAUCAUAACAAAAACCUCCUGACUUGGUUAUGGGGUACAGUCCUUUACAAAGACUUUUGGAUGACAAAUUUGAAGAAUGUAUGGGUAACUUUAAUGGCAGAUUAAUUAUAGAUAUUUAACAAAACACAGCCAAUUUGCAAACUAGUGUAGUAAAGAAUGUUCGCCACAUGCCAGUGCACUGUUUUAAUUAUUCAAAGAAACCUAAACUGAUAAAUUAUUACAUUAUUAUUUUAUUCACAUUUUGAAAUGCAGUGAUAAUACUACUGUCUUUAGAAACUGAAGAAUGUGUACAUAAUGAAACAAUCAUUGAUUACAAUGUUCAGAUGUUAAGUCUGUAUAUUCAUGAAAAAGAUUAUAUAUUCUCUUACUUUUCUGCAUUUUAAGGUCUUCUGAAUGAAAACAUUACCAUCUUUUUACCUCAAGAUAACAUAUCCUGUAUAUAAACAUUAUGAACAAGAAUUUGUUCUGUAAUUUACAGAUACUGAGACAUCAGAAGAAAAUCUAAUUCAUUUCUUCCACCCACAUUACUGUAUGUAAAUGUAUCAACUGCAUCUAUGGGUCAUUUUUAAUGCCCAGCCAACAUUACAUCAUG